AAAAAAAUCUACUGUGAAUAUGAGCCCAAUGUACUGUUCAUCACUACCAUAGAGCACUACAGAUUAGAGUUUUUGUUGACAAGUUAACCUGCAACAUAGAGCAUCGGGGGAAUUUUCACCCAGCUUUACAUUGAGAGUGAACACAACAGUCAGAAUUUUCAUACAACACAACCCCAACCCGGUCAGGCUACGGCGGACGACACCGAUGAUGGCAUGAUGCCGCCGUCCAUCUCGCCGGGGGAUCUAGUGGCGCUCUCCGGCCGGUGCUCCACGAAGCGCGACCUCCGCCUCCUCCACGGCACUAUCCUACGACGCCGCCACCUCCUCCCCGCCGCCGACGCUGUCGCGGCGCUCGCCAAACUCCUCAGGUUCGCUGCCGUCUCACCCGCCGGCGACCUCCGCCAAGCCAACGCUAUCUUCUCCAUCCACCUCCCUUUCCUCUCAUCGGCCUCUUCCCACCUAGCCUUCUUCUACAGCACCCUCAUGCGCGGCCUCGCCGCGUCCUCCUCGCCCGGCGACGCCAUCGGGCUCUUCACGGCGAUGCGCCGCGUUGGCGCCGCGCCUGACGCCUUCACCUUCACCUUCGUCCUCAAGUCUUGCUCUCGCUGCCCUUCGCGCCGGCGGUUACCUUCCGACCUCCAUGCCCAGGCGAUCAAGCACGGCUGCCUCGGGGAGCUCAGCGCGCACACGCACGUACACAAUGCGCUGCUUCACGCUUAUGCCUGCCGUGUGGCAGUCGACGACGCGUGCAGGGUGUUUGAGGAAAUUCCCGUUCGGGACGUGGUCUCCUUCUCAGGGCUGCUCACCGCGCAUCUCAAAGCCAAUGAUUUGGAUGCUGCCCGUGCUGUGUUCGACCAGAUGCCUUACCAGGAUGUCGUUUCAUGGACUGCGAUGAUUUCUGCAUAUGCCAAGGCAUGCCGGCCACAGGAGGCAUUGGCAUUGUUUGAUGCAAUGCCGAUGCAGCCAGACGAGGUGACCAUGGUGAGUAUUGUAUCUGCAUGCACCGCAAUCGGGGAUCUUGCAACUGGGGAGCGUGUGCGGAGGCACAUCGAUUCCAAUGGUUUUGGAUGGAUGGUGUCACUCCGCAAUGCACUCAUGGACAUGUAUGCUAAGUGUGGGUGCCUCCCUGAAGCACGCGCUUUGUUUGACGGGAUGACGAUGAGGAGCUUGGCAUCUUGGAACACACUUAUCUCUGCAUAUGCAUCACAUGGCGAUCUAGGCAACACGCUUGCUGUGUUCUACCAUAUGUUGGCAGAAGGGAAAACUGUGAAGCCAGAUGGGGCGACACUGCUCGCAGUGCUUAUGGCGUACGCGUACAAUGGCUGUGUUGAGGAGGGGCGUACCAUGUUCAAUACAAUGCAGCGUGGUGACUAUGGCAAAGUGCAGCUCACAAUCGAGCACUACGGGUGUAUGGUGGAUAUGCUUGGUCGGGCAGGGAAUCUCAAGGAGGCAGUCCGAAUAAUUGAGCAAAUGCCAAUUCCCAGCAAUUCUGUGGUCUGGGGUGCUCUACUCGGUGCUUGUCGGACACAUGGGGAUAUUGACAUGGCAGAGCGUGCAGUGCAGGAGCUAAGGAGACUUAACCCAGAGGAGGGUGGUUACUACAUUUUGCUCAGUGAUAUGUACACUUCUGUUGGCCGGAUAGCAGAGGCCACAGAGAUUAGACAUGCCAUGAAUGAGAGCAGGGUCCAGAAGACUAUAGGCCAGAGCACAACCUUUCUGCCGCUGCAGUAGUUUACCCUUUCUAGCCAUCCUUGGGGUCACAAUUCACAAGCAUAUCAUGUCAGCCAGAAGCCAGAUGGAAUAUGCCAAUCCGGCAAUCCAUCUUCACUUCACACCAGACAAUGCCUAUGGAUUGUUUCAAUUUGUCUCCGUCUUCUCGCCAAUGGUGUGGUGAUUAAUGUCAAACCCAAAGGUGUAAGGCUGGUGGCAAGCGGCGACUAAGGCUAAGCGUGCUCAUUGUGCAUAGUGGUAGAACAUCGGAAGGGAUUGAUGUCAUCGGAAUUGACAUGAGAACAAUUUUCGGGGAACCUUACACUUGUUUUGUGGUCUGUGGAAAGCAACAUAUAAAGAAACGGGCCACAACAUGAGAACAAUUUGUAUCCAAAGUUUUGUUGUUACUAAUAACAGGUGUGAUACAUUUAUGUACCUUGGGCGGUUGCUGGAGGCCUUCCGGAGGCUUGAUUUUGGAGAAACUUCCAUGGAUCCCUGCACAGCAUGCUGGGUGUCACAGCUGGGACAAACUUGAGGAUGAACAGCACUCGAUUUUUGCUGAGCUGCUCAGCUCAAGUAUUGAUGCAAGGUCCUUCAUCAUUCGCUGCUUAAUACAUUGCCUAUGUGGUAUUAUCAUUCUUAGCAGAUGUGCCUGUCCAGGAUCCGGCAUGUUGAACCGAAUGGGUUGGUGCAAAGAAUUGGCCGGUGACAAAGCUGUACGGUUCCUUGAACAAACAUCCAUUAGCCCAGGCAUCACAAGUCCAUGGCCUCCUCUACAAGAUGGGACUAAGAGGAACAGCUUCAGCAUAGUAUGCUAUCCUGCCUUCUACCUAGUCCACCAGAUGAAGAAAUUUGGAGAAUUUAGGCUGUUGGAAGUUUUGAGUCUCUGUAAGGCGUCCUGACGACAUUGAAUGCAUAACUUGUUCUUUUUUCCUCUUUUAAUUUUUGAUAUACUGGAGUAGCUUGCGAACCUUUUGUGAAUAUUUCUUGGUGAAGAGAUGUGCAGUUGGGCAUUUGAUU